AUGUCUGACAAAUCCAAUAAGGCUGAGAUUGAGAAAUCUGAUAAAUCAAAAUUGAAGACAGAAAUGCAAAAGAAAAGUCCAUUGCCUUUCAAAGAAAUGAUGGAACUGGAGAAGCGAGCAGGCGAUUCAUAA